CAGAGAAGAGCUGUGGGCCCACUUUUCAGUUCAGCAGAGAAGCAGGACUGGGAGCCAGCCUGGUCCCAGCUCUGGCUCUCUGCCUCUCCACGUGUUCGUGGCCUCCCCAGCCUGGUGCUAAGCAGUGUCAUGAGUCUGGGCCUGGUGGGAGAUUAACUCUUGGGUGUGGGAUCACUUCAGGGCAGGGAAGGAGGGGGGAUGACAGGUCCAAGGUCACCAACAGAGAGGGGCAGCUGCCAUCCUUGACCGAUCUGUCCCCUCUUGAGAAUCCACAACAAAGGUAGUGAGGAACCCCAGCUGGACUAGACGGCCAAGAAGAGGGCCCGGGCACUGCCGGCCUGUGCCAAGCGCUGGCUUCAGCCCGCAGGCUCCAGCUCCCCCAGCCUGUCCUCCCCGCCCUCCCCCACCCCACAUGCACUUAAUACUCUGGCACCCAGUCCACCUGCUGUGGACUUGGCCUUAGCUGUAGCUAGUGUGGAAGCCUGGAAAGACUGGGAGCAGAGUUUCUCAAGCAAAGCAAAAGCAGCAGCAUCAGGUGUUGCAGUACCUGCUAGCUUUCCCCGCAGGAGGUAAGCGAGGUGCCGGGAGCCCGGGUGGGGAGAGGGCGGUGCUGGGAGACUAGGAAGAUACUCACGUACUGAGAACUCAGAGCCUAAAGCUUUCAGUGUGCUCCCUCACACUUUAUCCUCUGAUUCUCCACAGCUCUCAGGCGGGCAAGGAGGGUGUUAGCCCCACUUGGUAGAUGAGGAAACAGGUUCAGAGACACAGUGAUCUGAUUAGCCUCACACAGUAAGUUUGGAGCCCCCGGGACUAACAUGCAGGGGCCCCAUACAUGUUUCUAAAACCAAGGCCCCGCUGUUUAGCAGGAGGUAAGAGGUGACAGCAAACAAAGUCCCUCUGUUCCCGUGAGGCAGGUCUGCACACAGACCGGCUCACAGAUACAGGCUCUGCCCAGAUCUUUGCUCUACUGAGAUAAGCCAUAGUUUGCAAGUUACCUGCCAAGCAGGUAAUUUCUCAGUCCGUUCAAAUCAGAGACUUCCAGCCAGGGAGGAUAUUAGUGGCGAGGGCCUGAGGACUGGAGUCAACUAGCACGCCCUCCUGCCCAGCCUCGGCUGCCACCUGCAGGUCAUUUGGGCUCUGGCCAUGUGGCUUCCUCUGCUGCUGGGAGUCUUGCUCUGGGCAGCGCUCUGGUUGCUCAGGGACCGGCAGAGCCUUCCCGCCAGCGAUGCUUUCGUCUUCAUCACCGGCUGUGACUCGGGCUUCGGGCGGCUCCUGGCACUGAGGCUGGACCAGAGAGGCUUCCGGGUCCUGGCCAGCUGCCUGACCCCCUCAGGGGCAGAGGACCUACAGCGGGUGGCCUCCUCCCGCCUCCACACCACCUUGCUGGAUGUCACUGAUCCCCAGAGUGUCCAGCGUGCAGCCAAGUGGGUGGAAACACACGUUGGGGAAGGCUUUUUUGGUCUGGUGAACAAUGCUGGUGUGACUGGUAUCAUCGGGCCCACACCUUGGCAGACACGGGAGGAUUUCCUUCCGGUGCUGAAUGUGAACACACUGGGUCCCAUUGGGGUCACCCUUGCCCUGCUGCCCCUGCUGCGUCAGGCCCGGGGCCGGGUGGUCAACAUCACCAGCGUCCUGGGUCGCCUGGCAGCCAAUGGAGGGGGCUACUGUGUCUCUAAGUUCGCCCUGGAGGCCUUCUCUGACAGCCUGAGGCGGGACGUGGCUCCUUUUGGGGUACGAGUCUCCAUCGUGGAGCCUGGCUUCUUCCGAACCCCUGUGACAAACCUGGAAAGUUUAGAAGAUACCCUACAGGCCUGCUGGGCACGGCUACCUCCAGCCACAAAGGCCCUCUACGGAGAGGCCUUCCUCACCAAGUAUCUGAAAGUGCAGCAGCGUAUCAUGAACCUGAUCUGUGACCCAGACCUGACCAAGGUGAGCAGGUGCCUGGAGCACGCCCUGACUGCCCGUCACCCCAGAACCCGCUACAGCCCAGGCUGGGACGCCAAGCUGCUCUGGCUGCCCGCCUCCUACCUGCCAGCCAGCCUGGUGGAUGCUGUGCUCACCUGGGUCCUUCCCAAGCCUGCUCAGGCAGUCUCCUGAAUCUAGCCCUCCUGCAAGAGAUUGUUUUUCAAAGCAAGGACUUUGAUUUAUUUCUGUCCCCACCCUGUUACUGUCUGGUGCCUGGCACAAAACAGCCACGCAAUAAAUGUGUAUUAUUCGAAACAAAA